GGACUCUCCAAGGCUAAAGCAACCAACGGCGUCCGAUGGACGGACGGGGCAGGGAAGUACCUGGAGAUACCAGGCCCUCAACCCUGUGUCUACCACAGACAGUGGGGCCAGUGCUUGUGGGUGAUGGUCAACGCAGGAGGAAGAGGACCAUUUUUAGCCAGUGGCAGCUGGGGGAGCUGGAGGAAGCAUUUGUGGAGACUCCCUACCCAGGCAUCAGUGUGAGGGAACGGUUGGCUGAGACCAUUGGGCUGCCCGAGGCCAAAAUCCAGGUCUGGUUCCAGAACCGUCGGGCUCGAUGCACAAAACAGGCCAGGAGGGGGAAGAGGAGGAGGGGCCUGGGAGGGUGGUGUCCACCCUUGGCUCCUGCCUACAUGGGGCUGGGCAGUGGGGCCCAGCUCUGCAGCACCCCCAGAGCAGGAAGGCACAGCUGUCCAAACUGGUACCAGGAAUGGGCAGGCAGGGUACAGAUCUCCAGCGAGAAGAUCAGAGCUUGGGCUCCUGCCCACACCAUGACCAGAGACAGCGACAAUAUUCGACGUCAGAACGAAGAAGUCAGGGCAGCUCCCUCCAGUCGGCAAAAUGACCAAGUCGUCCCACAACUGAAAUCACUAGCUGAAGACCAAGGCACAUCUGGGUCUUGCACCUCCCUCCGCCUCACCUCAGACCUAAUUUACAGUGCAGCCAUUGUCACCAAUGUGUAACAGACCCCAGCCUCCCAUGAUGAUGUACAGGGUUAUCAGACCUUAUCUACACUGUCACCAACAUGUAAUGACCCCCAGUCUCUUCCCACAGUUAGACAAGCAGAGACAGCCCACCUAGCUCUCCGUUAGAGCAGACAUCUCUGGCCUUCCACAGAUUUCUGCACACUUCCUUCCCCAAGUUCAGCCUCAUAGUGAAAGACCCACCUGGUAUCACGGUGGUUUGCAAGGACAGGGAGUAAUAUCUGAUCUCAGACAUCUCCUUAGCUUAGCCUGGUCAUGUUCAGAGGGAGCUGUGUUCAGUUUAUGAUGGAGAGAGUAAUCUUCAACCUGUCUCACCAUUACACUUUCAACAGUGGUUAUUGUGCCUGCACAAGUCCACACUCUAGACAGGUGGGGAUGAGGCAGGGGAAAUUCAAAGGUCAUGAGGGAGGUGGGUAAUACAGUGUGCUCCACAUCACUGAUUUACUGAUCUAUUUGGCCUUGUGAUGAUGAGACAGUGAUCCCUGUCUUCCUCUCCCCUAUAUUAACUAUGAGUUAGAGGGACAGAAGGCCGGACACACCCUGGUUUGAAGAGUUACUAUUUGUUCAUGUGUCAUGUUGUCCUUGGGUACGGAAGACUUCAGGUUGAUAUACAAGCAGAGUGAAUGGGGAAAAUACUUGUGCUUGUAUUUAUAGCACUCCUGCCCCACUCCACUACAGUGAACCCUAAUGCGAGUAGGAAGCUCGGUGCCAGGGGCAGUUCCUUCCCAUCUGGGAGAUGGGAGGCAGAAGUGGAGCUCAGGUAAGGUAUGGGAAACUGGACAAUGUGCUGGAGUGACCAGACCAUUAGGCAGGUGGAACAGAUACAAAAGGAACAGUGAAGGUGGUCUCUGUCACCAGUGCACAGCUCUUUUGGGACACCUCCCCCACCGUCAGACCACUC